AUGGUUUGCCCCGGCGUGUCGUGUUCUGCGCAUCGAGGGGCCAUGGAUGUGUCGAUGAUGGUGGCGCCAUCGUCGUUCAGUCGUCUCGCUGGCGUGUGUGGCGUUCGGGGUGCAAUGGUUGCGUAUGACCAUGUUCCCUUCCGACCCCCCGCAUCCACACCGUGCGCCCCCCAUCCCGCCCGAGUUGCGAAUGCGAGCCACGGCGUGGGCAAGUUAGUACUGGACGGCCUGGGCGUCGGCUAA